AUGGCGCAAUACCAAAACGGCGGCGCUGAGAUGAUGGCCGGACUCCCCAUGCACCCACCGGGCCAGGAGUAUAAUGGGCUGCCCAUGGACGAUGGCAUGCAGUCGAUGGAUCUGGAUAUGGGGUCGCUCGACGGAGCCGAGGGCGGCCAGAACGGCGGGUUUUCCUUCGCGGAUCCACAGAUGCAGGCUGCCAGUGUACCAGCCAGCAGCACCAUGGGCGACAUGCAAAUGACAGGCGCAGGCGCUGGGCCUCUACCGACUGGCUUCGGCGCUCCCAACAUGAAUCCGUCUGGCAGCACAUUGACCGAGUUUACCAAGCGGAGGAACUGGUCGCAGCGCGUCCUGGAAGAGCUGCGCGACCUGCUGCACAUACUGACACCCGAUGGCAGGGUCCUCUAUGUCUCGCCUUCGUGCAAAGCCCUCACGGGGUGGGAGCCCUCGCAUGUCAUGGGCCGCUUCAUCAACGAGUUCAUUCAUCCCGACGACAUUGGCAUCUUCGUCAAGGAGUUCAACGAGUCUAUCGCGUCCGGAAACCCUCUCCGGUUCUUCUAUCGCUUCCGCAAGACGGAUGACUCGUGGAUCAUUUUCGAGUCCCACGGCCAUCCGCACCUCAGCAGCGACCAGAACACGUUUGCGCCACCCAAUACCAUCAACUGCCGCGGCUUCUUCAUGAUGGCGCGCCCCUACCCGACCAAGAACGCCGCUCUGCUCGACUCCUUCCUCGAACACAAGAUAGAGAACGAGCGUCUGAUGAAGCGAAUAGCUGAGCUUAAGCGAGAGGAGCAGGAUGAGCAGGACGACUGGACAAAGAAGAUCGAGGGCACAACUACGUCGGUAACGCCUUCAGAAUCCCAUGUCACGCAGAACAUGAGCCAGGCCGAUGCCGCGUCCUAUGCGCAAAUGCCUCCACCAGCCAAGCCAGUCAUAUCGAACACUGCCCUCACCCGUCAGAACCUCGACGAAGCCCUCGCUGCAAGCAAGCCUGAUAGUAUCAACGAUAAGAUGAUGCGGUAUGAGGGCGCGAAUCAUCUGGAGACAAUCGAGAUGUUGACCGGCCUUCGGUACAGGGACGGCGAGCGCUCGCAGGGUAUCAGUACCGGUGACGCAAGCCCCAACCUCAUCCGCGGCGAUGCAGGCAUACAAAUAUCGCUAGACCGCGAUGGCAGAAAUUCUUCCGACAAGAAAAAGAAACUGAAGAUUGCCGAUGAAUAUGUAUGCACAGACUGCGGCACCUUGGAUUCGCCUGAAUGGCGGAAGGGUCCAAACGGACCGAAAACGUUGUGCAAUGCCUGCGGACUGCGCUGGGCGAAAAAGGAAAAGAAGAAACAGCAAGGUCCUACUAGCAUGCCGAAAGAAUUAUGCAACCAGCAGACUCCCACGGCCAAUACUUCCUUCGCAAUCCAGGCUUCCAUUGGCAACACCACAGUCUUCCAGUAUGAAUACUCGGCUCCCGGCCGAGAAACCAACCACUCGCUUUUCGGCACCAAGAUCCGCAUUGCCAGCACCACCAAGUUAAUUACUGCGCUUGCUCUGGAGUUGAGCAAAGAUAAGAUCAACCUGGAUGAUUCGAUCACCAAGUUUAUACCCGAACUCAAUGAGGAAGUUUACGGCGAUUUCAAAUACAACUUCUUUGAUACUUCCCACAAGUUGAAGGCUAACGGAUCAUACUCGGGUUACACCACCGAUCUCGGGUUCAACCCAACUACCGCUGCCGCGCUAGGCCUACCCAAGAUCAACAAUACACUUCCAGGCUGCGACCCCAUUCCCGGCGGCCGAGUAUGUACGGAUCAAGAAGUGAUCGACGAGUUCAAUGACCCAGCACACGUGCCUCAUUCACCAGAGUCGCGCGCAAUGUAUAGUAACAUUGGCUACAUACUCCUCGGCAAAGCUCUCCAAGCGGUGUACAACCAGAGUUACGAAGACGUUAUCCAAAAGUUUAUUUUGGAUCCCGUCGGCAUGCCCAAGUCGACUUUCGUCGUCCCUGAAGACGAUGGAAGCGCCAUCCUACCUAGACGCCCCGAGGAUAAAAGUUGGUUCGUGGCUGAUUUUGCGAGUCUUAACCCUACGGGUGGUCUGUGGUCUACGCCGAACGAGAUGCUCAAGAUGCUUCUGGUGCUAAAGAACGGUGGACUGCUUAGUAAGGUUGAGCUGAGGGAGUGGAUGUAA